UCCGUCGCCGUCCUGCCUCGAGCACCUCCCCCGUUGUUUACAAGCCGCCGCGUUCCGCACGAUCCCUCCCCCUUGAACCUCGCAAGCAAUCAAUUCACUCGCACACUACACUCCCACUAAUCCCCAACCCCACCUCUGUCCUUCUCUCUCCACCACCUUUCCCCUCCUCCCUCCCCUAUCUCUCUCUCCCCUCAAAUCGAGCCGACUCUGUCGCUCGCUCCCAUGGGCACGAUGCUCCGCCGCCGCGGCCUUUUCUCCAUCGCCCUCGUCCUCCUCCUCCUUCUCGCCGCCGCAGGCUCCUGCGCGGCGGCGGCCAGGCUGUCGCCCAACUACUACCGCCGCAGCUGCCCGCGCGUGGAGCGGAUCGUGGCGGACGUCAUCGCCGCCAAGCAGCGCGCCAACCCGUCCACGGCGGCCGGCACGCUGCGGCUCUUCUUCCACGACUGCUUCGUCAACGGCUGCGACGCCUCCGUGCUCGUCUCCCCGCUCUCUUCCGACAGCAGCCCUGAGCGCGCCGCCGAGAUCAACCUCUCCCUCCCGGGGGACGCCUUCGACGCCGUCGACCGCGCCAAGGCUGCGCUUGAGGCCGCCUGCCCCGGGACGGUCUCCUGCGCUGACAUCCUCGCGCUCGCGGCGCGCGACCUCGUGGGCAUCCUGGGCGGACCGCGGUUCCCCGUCGCGCUCGGCCGCCGCGACUCGCUCCGCUCCGACGCGCGCGACGUGGAGGGGAACCUCCCCCGCACCAACAUGUCGGCGCGCGCCAUGGUGCGGCUCUUCGCGAGCAAGGGCCUCUCGCCGCGGGAGAUGGUGGCGCUCGCCGGCGCCCACACCGUCGGCUUCUCCCACUGUGCCGAGUUCGCGCACAGGCUGUACGGCUUCAAGAGCGCCGACGGGUACGACCCGCGGCUGAACCCGGAGUUCGCGCUCGCGCUGCAGCGGUCCUGCGCUGGGUACCGGAGCGACCCCACCGUAUCCAUCUUCAACGACGUGGUGACGCCCCGGGACUUCGACGAGGCCUACUACAAGAACCUGCCCCACGGACUGGGCCUGCUCGCCUCCGACGCCGCGCUGUGGGAGUACCCGCCGACCAGGGUGUUCGUCCAGCGGUACGCCGGCAACCGCACCGCCUUCUUCGAGGACUUCGCCGCCGCGAUGCAGAGGCUCGGCUCCGUCGGCGUCAAGACCGGGUGGCAGGGCGGCGUCAGGCGGCGCUGCGACGCCCUGGACUGAUGGGACGGCAUUGCUUGUUGUUGUGGAUUGGUGUUCCGAUAAUUUAGAAUUUGAUUAGAAGGAGGAGCUAGCAGUUCCGAACUUCAGUCAGAAAUGGUGCGUCUGAGUUUUGAGCUUUGAGAUACAGAGUGGAAAAUGUUUGAUGAAG